CUGUGGAUUCAUGAUAAAAAAAAAAAAUGGGCUCUUUCUGAAAACUUCAAAGAUGUUGUCCAGUUUAUGGGCACAACUUGUGACCCAGACAUUGUAGAUAUUUUCAGCGGGAACACCACAUAUACAUCUAGUACAUCAGUCACAGAAAUAAUUGGUAUUCUUAGUGACUACCUUGAAAAUAAAUUGUUGACAGAUCUUUGUGGGAAAAAAUUUACUUUACUUGCUGAUGAGAGUACAGAUCAGGCAAACCGUACACAGCUUUCAGUCUUUGCUUGUUGGGUAGGAAAUGGAGAAGUAAAGGAAUCAUACAUGGGUCUCAUUAAUGUAGAAAGAACGAGUAGUGCAGCCCUGAUGGAUGGUAUCCGUGUAUUUUGCUUAGGCAAAUGCAUUGAACUGCGCAACAUCAGAUUUGUUGGCUUGGAUGGGUGCAAUGCAAUGAGCGGUGAAAAUAAAGGUCUACAGAAAAGAAAACGGCAUGAAAACCCACUGUCGAUAUAUGUCAAUUGUCGUAAUCACCGCCUUGCCUUGUGUCUGGUCCAUAUGGUUAAAAGAAACCAGGAGUUAGAAGAAGUUGACCGUGUUUUGCUAGGCAUAUAUAAGAUGUUUCACUAUUCGCCAAAAAAAGCAGCCGUGUUCGAGGCAAUUCAGGGUGUUUAUGGGCAGAAGCCUUUGAAAUUUAUCAGAGCAGCCACCACUAGGUGGUUGUCACACCUGAGAGCAAGUGUCAGGUUUGUUGGCAGGUUUGAGGCCAUACUGGACACCCUUGAUGCCCUUAUUGAAGAAACCAAAGAACCAGAGCUCACUGGUAUACGCAUAAGUAUGACUCAGCCAGGCGUUAUUUUAACUGUGCUAGUUCUUGUUGACAUUCUUAAGCCAGUCAACUUCCUAUCAUUAUAUUUACAAGAAGACUGUGGUACUUUUACUGAGUUACCAGCAAGAGUAACAAAGUGUCGCAAUGAGCUCCAGGAAGUUGUCAAUAAGUAUGAGAGCUGUAACUACCAGGAGUUGGAAUUUGGGAAAUGUCAAGAGCUUCUGGGUGUUGUUAGGGACAGGACUGAUCUUGCCAGACGAAUGAGAGCUGAUGACAGAGACAUGAAUCCAGAUGAAUUUUUGCGACUGAAGGGAGUGCCAAUGGUUUAUGACCUUAUCAAUGAGAUUGCAGAUGCCUUCUGCAAUCACUCGGCUGUAUUGUCGGCAUUUAGCGUGCUAGACCCUGGCAAUCUUCCAGAUAGUGUUACUGAAAUAGCAGAAUAUGGCAAGGCAAAGAGGAGAUGACUCUGUAACAAAAGUGUAUAGGGCCAUGGAAAGAGACCCAGUUAUCCGAGCUUGUUUCCCCAGAGUUUACAAGCUAUUUAAGUUGGCACUGUUGAUUCCCCAAUCAACAGCUGUUGUGGAACGGGGUUUUAGUGUCAUGAAUGACAUUUGCACAUUCCUGAGAACAUCUAUGGGGCAGAUAACACUGGAUGCCAUGAUGCGCAUUUCUUUGAUGCAGGACACUCUUCAGGCUUUUGGGGAUGAGGAUUAUGAAAAUUUGGUUUCAAUUUUCAAGGACAAAAAAAAGAGGGAGAUGAAGUUAUAAAUUAACAUUAAACUGUUAUAAAACAUAACUGUAUAGAUGUGCAGUGACAAUAAAUUCAUCUUCAGAAAUGCCUUUUUAUUUGUUGAUGUUUGAAAUUAAGUUCUUAGACUUAUGUAAACCUGAAAUGUGUUUUAACAUAUAAAAAUAUACAAAUAGAUAUUUUCCCCAAAAGUGCGAAAAUCGCGCAUAUUUUCCCCACAAAAAGGGCUA